AUGUCACUUAAUAUUAAUUACCAAAACAUUAAAGUACCUUUUCCUCCAACCAUUAGUGUAGAUGAAAUCGUAAAUAUUCAUUUGAAAAAUGGUAUUGAAAACGGCAAUAAAACCAUGAAUGCAUUUAUGAUUUAUCGAAAAGAAUAUAAUAAUAUAGUUGCAAAAUUUAAUCUUUCAAGAAAGAUGUAUCGAAAUUUCUAUCACGUCUCUUCAGAACAAAACUCUCUGGAUUUUACCUAUUUGGACCAAAAUGCUGACUGUUCACUUGAAAAUGAUACUUAUGUGUAUCUGACUAUGGAUGAUGAUGAACUUAUGAAUCAUCUUUCUGAAGAUAUGGCAUUAACUUAUAAGGCAAUCAUUCAAUCGUUACCAUUUUGA